AUGGCGACAGGUGACGGCGCCGACGUGCUCGUUAAGCGCCUGCACAUCUCAGGCCUUACGCCGAAUUUUUCGCGCGAGGCCUUGCGCGAGCGCCUCGAGUCGUAUGGCCGUGUGCUCGACUUGGUCGGCUGCGACGACUCGUUCACGAACGGGGUCGGUCAGCGCCGACCGUAUGCGUUUGCGACGAUCGAGACGACGCAGCCACAGCUUGCGCGGUGCCUGAAUACCCUGAGCGGCGCUAUUUGGAAGGGCGCCAAGCUGCGUGUAGGCGAGGCACGGCCGCUGUGGCACGAACGCCUCGCCAAGGAGCGCACAGCCGCUCACGCCGAAUCACUCCGUGCGAAAGAGGUGGACCGCCGCAAGCGCUGGCUCCGAAAGCGGCCAUGGAUCGGCAGAGAAGCCGCAAAUAUGGAGCCUGUCACAUUACAGCGUGUGCAGGGCGGCGAGUGGGGCUGGAAAGCCACGCCGGCGGGCCAUCUCGUCCGGCCCAUGCACAUGCGCUGGACACGCCCUCUUCCGCGCCCAGCCGACGCGGAUCCGCCCAGCCACCACCCCCACACGCUGCGGCACGCGCCAUGCACUACCAUUGACCCGACGCGCUACCGACGUGAGCAUUUGUCAGGUCCCAUGUUCGAUGCCAUGUCGUCGGACAUGGCCUCCUGGCACUGGACGUGGGACGAAGAUGCGAAUGUGUGGCGCGCCUACGAGGAUGGCAUAUGUGUGUCGACCGAGGCGCCGCCGCCACGGCGGGCUCCUCCCACGGCAGAACCCCCCGCAUCGGAGCCCCUGCCGGAGGAGACACCAGCCCGUCCUGACAUGGAGGCAGAGGAGCUCCCUGAUACCCUAUUUGAAGCUGAGGCCCCCCCUGAGGACCUCUUUGAUGCCCCGCCCACCUCGGGGGCCUGGUGGGAUGACGACGAGGCCGCCGAAUCCCAGCCGCAACCGGUCGCGCAUGAUCCGGCGCCGCGUCCUCCGCCGCGCACGGCCUCCGCAGUGGCUCCCCCACGGGAGGACCCUGGCCUCUUUGAUUUGUCUGACUUUUCCGAUGGCUACGAGGAAAUGGAUCAUGCGGUGCCUGCUGAGACGACGGAUGAGCAUGCCCGUGCACAUCAUGUUCUGGACCACUUGUUCGGCCAAGACCUGUCUGCACCCAGCCCACCGCGUGUCACUUCGAUGGACGAACCAGAGGAGCCGAGCGCUUCUGCACCUUCCGCGGAUCCGCCGGCCUUUGCACCGUCCGGCGAGGAGGCCGAGGAGGGUGCGCCGGCGCCGGUGCCGGCGCCCACCGCCGCCGCCGACUCCGACGUGCAUAUGGCAUCGCUCAAGUCCAUGUUCCAGCCGGCCGAAGAGACGGGCGGCUUCACGCUCUUUGGUGACUUGGGCGCGGAUGUGGAGCUGGAUCCUGAGCUGGACGAGGCCGUGACAGGGUCGGCCAGCGCGGAGGCGAUGCCGGCCACUGCGCCCGAGGUGCGUGCGCCUGCUGCGCCUGUGCCCCCGCGCAUCACGUCCAGGCUGCCGCCGCUCACAACGCCGCACACGCUUGCGACAGGCGAGCCGAGUCUGAUCCCCGCGCUGCUACAGCUCGGCUCGUCGCCGUUCUGGAAGGUGAGCACGGACGACGAGAUCGAGGCUGCAUGGAUCUCAAAGCGCGCCGAGCUUACGCAGAUGUAUCGUCGUCUGCACCGCGAAGGCGUGAAGAAGCGCCGCCGCCGCGUGGUUGGCGCGCGCGCUGCGUCGGCGGCGGGUGGCUUGGCCCCUGCGCGCGGUGCGAGGCCGCCGGCCUAG